CCUGGGCAUGCGCAGUGGGCUGGGCUGGGCCGGGCGGUGAGGCGGCUCUCGGCACCGACACCCGCACCGGGACAGGACAGGACACAACACCGGCAGAAGCGGCAGCACCACAGCGAACGGAGCGCACCGCGGCGCCCAGCUUGCUUGAGGCCAUGUUAAGUGCAGGGAAAGAAAACCUUCGACUGAAAAGCUACAAAAAUAACUCUCUCAAUCCGGAUGAGAUGAGGAGAAGAAGGGAAGAAGAAGGACUGCAGCUGAGGAAACAGAAACGUGAAGAACAGUUGUUCAAACGUAGAAAUGUCGCACACACGGAACAGGACGAGGAAGAGGAGGAGGUAAUGAGUGACAGUGGAUUCCAUGAAUCGCAAAUAACUAUGGAAAUGGCAAUGACUGGCGCAAUCACCUCUGAUAUGGUGCAGAUGAUUUUCUCCAACAAUUCUGAACUGCAGCUGGCUGCUACCCAGAAAUUUCGGAAGCUCCUUUCCAAAGAGCCGAAUCCUCCAAUUGACGAAGUGAUCAACACACAGGGAGUGGUUGAAAGAUUUGUAGAAUUCCUCAAAAGGAGAGAAAAUUGCACAUUGCAGUUUGAGGCAGCGUGGGUGCUUACCAACAUUGCAUCUGGAAGCUCGUUACAGACCCGGGAGGUUAUUAAGGCUGGUGCUGUCCCUGUCUUUAUCGAGCUGUUAAUGUCAGAUUUUGAAGAUGUGCAGGAACAGGCAAUCUGGGCUCUGGGGAAUAUUGCAGGAGACAGCACGAUGUACAGGGAUUAUGUGUUAGACUGCAAUAUCCUUCCUCCUCUCAUUCAGUUGCUAUCAAAACCCAACCGAUUGACAAUGACAAGAAAUGCUGUGUGGGCACUCUCAAACCUGUGCAGAGGGAAGAACCCUCCUCCAGACUUUGCAAAGGUAUCUCCAUGCCUCAGCGUGGUGUCCUGGCUGCUAUUCCUCAACGAUGUGGAUGUCCUGGCGGAUGCCUGCUGGGCCCUGUCAUAUUUAUCUGAUGGGCCCAAUGAUAAAAUUCAAGCAGUGAUAGACUCGGGGGUGUGCAGGAGAUUAGUGGAACUACUAAUGCACUGUGACUUCAAAGUGAUCUCGCCAGCCUUGCGCGCAGUAGGAAACAUUGUGACAGGUGACGAUAUACAGACUCAGGUAAUUUUAAAUUGUUCAGCUUUGCAGAGUUUAUUACAUUUACUGAGCAGUCCAAAAGAAUCAAUCAAGAAGGAAGCAUGUUGGACCAUCUCAAAUAUCACAGCAGGGAACAGAGCACAGAUACAGGCAGCAAUCGAUGCCAACAUCUUUCCGGUCCUAAUAAGCAUCCUACAGACAGCAGAGUUCCGUACUAGGAAAGAGGCGGCGUGGGCGAUCACCAAUGCAACAUCUGGUGGAACUCCUGAACAGAUCAAAUAUAUCGUGGAGUUGGGCUGUGUUAAACCGUUAUGCGACCUUCUGACCGUUAUGGAUGCUAAAAUCGUUCAGGUCUCCUUGAAUGGUUUGGAGAACAUCCUUCGGCUGGGUGAACAGGAAGCCAAACAGAAUGGGACAGGAAUAAAUCCAUAUUGUGCACUAAUAGAGGAAGCCUAUGGCUUGGACAAGAUAGAAUUUCUGCAAAGCCAUGAAAACCAGGAUGUUUAUCAAAAAGCAUUUGAUUUAAUAGAACAUUAUUUUGGUACAGAAGAGGAGGAGGACACUUCUAUUGUCCCACAAGUUGAUCUCAAUCAACAGCAAUACAUCUUCCAACCACACGAAGCUCAGAUGGAGGGCUUUCAACUGUAAGCAUGGUCUUCGAGUGGACCACUGACCCCACGCACACGCACUUCUCCCACGGCAGCUGGGACGGACAGGAUCAUGGGGGGGGGGGGGGGGGGGGGGGGGAAGGAGAAAGAAAAGGCCACACCUAAACACAAGGAUAAAACACACACCUCUGCUGGUAAGCUGUGCUGGUAAGAACAAGCUCGGGCAACUGAAUCGUUCUCACUAGCCAAAGGGUGUAUGUUGAUGAAUAGGGAAGCACGUACCCACGUACAGUACUCUCUACGAAGCAACAUUUGUUAACCAUACACAAAGUUAAAUAUGAAGAUUAUAUUCUUGCGUGUAUAUUAAUGAUAUGUAUAUAAACAUUCAAACUGGGGUUAGGGAAAUCUGAGCAAAUUUGCACCACCCGACUCUUCCAACUUCAAAACUUGCAUCCUUUGCUGUGACUCGUCCUUCAUAUUGUGAUGUUUAAUACUGCUGAUUUUUUUUACAAUUCGAGCUGGUGGAAUAUUAACAGAAGUUGACUGAUGGACUGCCUACCUAGAACUGCCAUCAAUUAAUAACAUUUCAUUUCCACUUUAUCCAAUUAAUGAUACAUCAGUUACACAGUCGUGAUCUUUCCUUGCUGUGGUUUAAUUGAGAGCUGAUUGAUCUUGCUGUUUUGGACAUGAUAUUCUGCUGCUUUUUUUUUAGUACAACAAAUGGGGCCAGAGACAAGGUCCAUGAACCACUUUUAAUUUUGUGGCAAUCCAUAAUAUAAUGUACGAGAGAUUUUGGGCUUCUCAUAUUUUAAAAUACUCUUGUCAAAUUUGGAUAUCUGCUGAGGUUGUAAAGCUGUGAUUACUUGGUCAUGAGUCCAGCACCAGUCAAAGGUUGUCCAAUCCAAGCAGUGAUUGAACAUAUUGCACCCAACAGAAAAGCAGCAAGGUGACAAUAGGAAUUAUCUCCGAACUUUACAAAGUUAGUGCACUGCACUGUCGAGUCACAGGGGAGACCUCAUUCCAUUGUGACUGUACUUUUAAGAUGUGUGUGCUGCAUUUGUUGGAACCAAAAUUCACUUGCUUGUUCAGGUAAAAAAACUUCGGGGAAAUAUUCUGGGCAAUAGAACUGCCAUUCUUUCCAGAGCAAGAUCAUUAAGUCAGGUCCCCCCCCCCCCCCCCCCCCCCCCCAAAAAAAAAGACUUCCUCAACUUUUUUGUGUGCAGGUUAGUUCAGCAGUGCAAUUUACCAAACGUGGUAUGUGCAAACUUGAAGGAGGCGAGGACUGAAGAGUUGGCACACUAAAACAUAUCUGGGAAGCAAGUAGAAUCAGAUAAGACCUUCAACAAAACAACUUGCUGCAGGGGGUGUCAUUUGUUUUGUUUCUGCAGGACAAAUCUUUAGUUGGUGCAACAGAAUUUGUAUUCAUCCUAUUUAACGUGCUUUGUCAUUAGUUUCUCUUUAUUGCUGCCUGCAUUCAUCAUUCGGAGAGCACGCAGUUUCCCUUGAUGCAGCAAGUAGGCUGGAGAAUUACGCUUGCGAACUAGAAGUUUGAACAUGAUCAUCAUAUCACAGGUUGCACAUGUAAAUAAAUGUCAAGGGAUGGUUCUUACAUCGUACAUAAUUCACAAUCCCUGCAUAUGGCUUUCUGUUUUUGUUCAUGGUUGUGGAGAUGUAAUUUGUUAGUACAACUGUUGUGUCCAGUCCGUACUUGUUACUAUUUCUUCCUAGGAUAUAAAUUUGCACUGCUCCAAGAUACAAUUGUCAUAAAGUAGAGGUACCCUGCUUUGAAAAAACUACCUUGAAUAUUAAAAAAGACAAAGUGCUGUAGUAACUCAGCAGGUCAGACAGUAUCCCUGGAGAACACGGAUAGGCAACAUUUUGGGAAGGGUCCUGACCUGAAAAAUCAUCUAUCCAUGUUCUCCAGAAAUGCUGCCUGACCCGCUGAGUUACUCCAACACUUUGUGCCACUUUUAUUUUGUAAACCAGCAUCUACAGUUCCUUGUGUCUACCUUAAAUAUGCCAUUUCCCUUUGAAGAUUUCUUUUCGGCAAUCAGUGUUUGAAGCCAAUUAAUUUGCCUCCCACGAGAUGAUGCUGCAAUUCUUUUGUCAUGUGACAAUAGAGACAUGGACUAAGACACUGGAUGGUACCUUUUUAAUAAGAUUUAACUUGAAAUCGCCAGUUGAACAAAGUGAACAGAUUGAACGAUCAUAUCCUCAUUCUACUCCAACUUUAGCAUAGGUUUAUCUGUUUGUUUCUCUUCCCUCCAUUAUGAAAUCUCAGCUUUGAUUCUCUGUACCCCUCUAACAGCACAAUGUCAGUAUUAAAGCUAGCUGUCGUAACUUUUAAAAUGCUGGGUUACAAUUUGCAGUGGCAAAAUUAGUUUCCUUAUUUGAGAGUAGCCAAUUUAUGAUACUCAAAAGGACUCAAAGCGCUGGAGUAACUCGGCAGGUCAGACAGCAUCUCUGGAGUAAGUCUUAGGAAGGGUCCUGACUCAAAACAUGGCCUAUCCACGUUCUCCAAGGAUGCUGCCUGACCUGCUGAGUUACUCCAGCACCAUGUGUCCAUUUGUGUAUUAAUCAGCAUCUACAAUCUUUACACUUUAUGAUACUGCUAGAAUAAUAUGGCAUUGUGACAUAUUCUUGAACAAAGUCUUGAACAAAGCUUGCACAUAUAAUCUGUGUUGGUGCAAAGUUUCCAGUGUAAUUUGUGUUUAUUGUAUUUGGACAUGCUUUUCCCAGAGUUGCCCAGUUUAAAAAGCAUCCCAAACAAAAGUGUUAGCAGGACGAUUGUGUGGGGAAAUCAUCAUUCGAAAGAUUUAUUUAUUUUGACCAAAUAGAAUUCCUUCACUUAUUGUUUAAAGAACAACUUUACACUCUAAGUUUGUAUCCUAAGAGUAUAUUUAUCUUAAAGUAUUUCUUUUGUAAAUGUUUUGAAAGUCAAUCUCGUACUUUUUAUUUCAUAUUGCACUCUGGACCAGUCUUAUUCUAUUUCUGCGAUUGACAGGAAAGUGAAGAUAGUUUGAGCAAAAAAACUUUCUUUUUGUCCAUAUAAUAGUUUUUUUUAUUUUUUAUAAUGUGAAAUGUUUGUCAAAAAAAAGCUCUAUGCCAAGAAGUUCAAAGGACUACCCGAGUAAAUAAUUAUAUUCUGACAAGCUGUGUGUCCCUUAUUAAGGUAACAAUGCAUAUGUUUUGUGUCUUUAAAAACUGUUCCAUACAUAUCUUGUUCUUUACACAACCUUUUUCAUUUUAUCCAUGGGAUAACUUUUUUGGUGAAAACAUGUUUGGCAAUAAGGUGAGCAUUCAGCCGUUUACAUUCUGUGCGUUUUAAUACGGGAUUAAUUAGUUAUCAUGUUUUAAAAGUUAAUAGACUGCAGCAAGGAUUCAGCAGCAUCUAUUAGAAUAUGAUUUUCUUGUGUUGUGAAUUCAAACUUGUUAUGUUUCCAGGAAUAUGAAUUUAAUAUUCUUUUGGGCACUUGAGCUGUCCAUUUGUCGAACUUGAUAGCUUGUUAAAAUGUCAGCUUAAAUCACUACAAAGUUUAGCCCUUCUGCUUUUCAUGACCGAUUACAUGAACAUAGCCCAAGGCUUGCUAUGUGGUGCACAAUGACAAAAUAAUAAAUAUUAUUUCUAGGUGGAUGUGUGAAAUCCAAGUGUGGGUUAUUGAACCAAUGUAAAUUUGAUUUGUGAAAGCAGUGGUUAAUUUUGUUUACUUAAAACAAAAUGGGAAACUCCCAUUUCAUUUUCUGCUCCAGAAUACAGAUUAAAUAAUUACAACAUC